AUGUCUUUUUUUUUUCACGCCAAGGUAAAAACUGUUUUUCUGGUGAUCAUUCAGAAGAGCGGAGACGCUAACAAACUGCGUGGGAGAAAGAAGAAAAGAAUAGAAACGUUUGAUGGAAAGAACGUUGCGUCUGAGGAACGGAUAAGGAAAAUUAUCGAAGACUCUUCCUUCGCGAAAGGACCGUGGUCAUCACAGAGCUCGGCAGUCCCACAAGGAUACACUCACCCGGCUGCAUUAACAGGAGUAAGCAAAUCUAACUUCGACACCUCUCACUCACAGUGGAGGUCUCAAGGUGAGUCACUUCUUCAUUAUAUGCACAACAGCUUGUCCAAAUCUAUCUAUCUAUCUAUCUAUCUAUCUAUCUAUCUAUCUAUCUAUCUAUCUAUCUAUCUGUCUGUCUGUCUAUCUAUCUUUAUAUUACAAAUAUUUUCUAAUAAUCUAUACUGGUUUUCCUUGAACGAUUGCAAACAGGCAAGCACAGAUCCCACCCCAGUCAGCAGCGAUAGCCUCUUGGAUCACCGCUCCUUCGUCCUGUCGUCUGCCUUUGCCAUCAGUGUUGUCCAGGUCUUAUCUCUCCACCACUGCGUUCGUAUCAAACAUCCACCUAUACGAGCAACGGCCACUCUUAAUAUAAUGGGUAUAUCUACCCCCGCUCGCUCUAUCUAUGUCUGGUUGGCUGUGUGUUUUUCUUUCUUUGUCUCUUCCUAUCUAUCUAUCUAUCUGUCUGUCUGUCUAUCUAUCUAUCUAUCAAGUAAUGUAUAG